CUGCGCGUCCGCGACAGAUGAAGCUAAUAAUACCGACGCGCUGCGCCUUUAAGAGGAAACUUAAUAUCUCUCCAUAUCGAGCCUCCAUCAUUUAACACAGAGCCGGCCGAUCUCAGCCCGUCCCAAACUCCUGCUGCUUGUUGUCUUGUUUCUUGUCUCAACACAAACCGGAUUAAAUUACGCAUUGCACCUUUAAGAAGCCGGAUUAGAGUUACGCGCAGCCAGCUCGCGGUGCGGAAGGGUUUUACGCACCGUCGGUUUCCAGAGUAGGGUCUCCUUCAACGACAUUUCCCUCCACCCCCACACCCUACCUCUGCCUCUCUUCUUCCACACCGCCGGGGAGCCCUCCACGCCGCGCGCCAUGGCCGAGAUCGGGAAAGGGGUCACCGCCGGGAAGCUGGCCAUCAGCGUCCAGAAGAGGCUCACCAGAGCGCAGGAGAAGGUCAUGCAGAAGCUCGGCAAAGCAGACGAGACCCGAGACGCCGCCUUCGAGGAGAUGGUGGCCAACUUCAACAAGCAGAUGGCAGAAGGCAGCAAACUGCAGAAAGACAUGAAGGCCUACCUGCUGGCAGUGAAGACCAUGCACGACGCGUCCCGCCGGCUGCAGGACUGCCUGGCCGACAUGUACGAGCCGGACUGGUUUGGCAAAGAGGAGAUGGACGCGCUGACGGAGGAGAUGGACAGUAACUUGGAGGACACAGACACUCUGUGGUUAGACUACCACCAGAACAUCACCGACAAAUCCGUGACCUCUCUGGACUCGUACCUGGCUCAGUUCCCGGAUAUUAAGGCUCGCAUAGCCAAGCGCGACAGGAAGAUGGUGGACUUCGACAGCGCGCGGCAUCACUUCAGCUCCUUACAGAAAGGGAAGAAGAAGGACGAGGCCAAGAUCGCCAAGCCAGCAGCCCUGUUGGAGAUGGCGGCUCCCAGCUGGGCUCAGGGUUUGAUAUCAGCCCACCAGGUGGCUCAGACUAACCUCUCCUUCAACCAGGCCGAGGAGGACCUGGGUCGAGCUCAGAAGAUUUUCGAGGAGCUGAACGUGGAGUUACAAGACGAGCUCCCAUCACUGUGGGACAAUCGUGUUGGCGUCUACGUUAACACAUUCCAGGGCCUGGCAGGUCAUCAGGAGAAGUUCCACGGGGAAAUGAACAAGCUCAGCCAGAACCUGAACGACAUCAUGACCAAACUGGAAGAGCAGCGGGAGGAGAAAAAAGGUGGUACUGCAGCAGCAAAGACAGGAGAUGAUGCCAAGAGUGAGGAAGCCAACCCCAGUGACUCAGCCUGCUCAGCACCAAAGGUGGUGCAGAGGCCCCGUCCUGCUCCCAGUCGGCCUCCGACCCGCCUGGUGCCGUCUCCGGACCCGAGGCAACGGGAGCCGGUCGAGGCCUCGGGUUCUGACGCUCACACAGAGUCCACGACGCAGCAGGCGCCAUCAUGGGACUCAUGGCGAGAACAGGCCGCCGCGGAGCCCCCGAGCGAAGAGGAGCGAUACCCGAAUGAGGCCCAAGGGGGCUGGGACUCCGAUGAAGGCCACACCCAGCCGGGCUGGGAGGACGGCGAGGCAGCUAUGGGUCAGGAGGGCGGAGUCAGCGUGGCUCCGUCGUACAGCGAGCCCAGCUGGGAUGACGAUGGCGCCCAAGUGGGAGAUGGCUGGGGGGAUGAAGGAGAGACCCAGAGUGCGGUGACCAACGGCUCAGACGGAGACCUGCCGCCAGGCUUCCUCUACAAGGUGAAAGCGGUGCAUGAGUACGCGGCCACCGACGGCGACGAGCUGGAGCUGAGCAUCGGGGACGAUGUGCUGGUUUUGGCCUUCGACAACCCAGAUGAACAGGACGACGGCUGGCUCUUGGGGGUACAGGAGACUCACUGGCUGCAGAAGAAAGACAUUUCAGUCAAAGGCGUUUUCCCUGAGAAUUUUACUCAGAAGGUUUAAAGGUUUCAUGCGACUAAAGAAUGAUUUCUUCCCUUUCUGAGCCCCAAACUCCUCAAACGUAGCCGUGGCUGUAACAGAGUCACUCAAUGUGAACACAUCAGGAAACCAAUGAUCCGUCCGUGCCACUUACACAUUUACACAAACCAAAUUGAACUUUGUUUCGUAGUAAAAAAGAGGAUUAAGUUUCACCCCGACUCAAGUUGUACAUCCAAAAUCUAAGACUUAUUGAUUUAGUCUUGAUUUCUUAUCCCUGAUUAUUUAUAUGCUGAAGUCAAACGAGACACAAAGCCCAAAUGUGUUGGUGAAAUUCAAAAAGGAUUAAUAAGUUGUGUAUGUGUUGUAUGAAUGUCAAUAGUUCCUUGCAUGUGAUUGUCUUGUCUUGGUGGCAUCGCUCCAUCAGGUGUCCUAGAACAAAGCCCUGGGGAACUCCGCCGGUAUAAACAGGAGGGUCACAAUCUAUUCGUUUGUUGGCUUGUAGGAUUAUCAGAGGGAACAGUAGUUUUUAUUUUAUUGGCUAUUUUGAGGACAUGACUAAAUGUGUGGCUUACAUUUUCUAAUGCACAAACGCUUUUAUUUUGGUUUUGAGUCAUAUUUUCAUUGAUGGGUGAAAUGCAAAAACCUGAACUUUCAUACUUCGAGACUCUUUUCAGACCUUUUCCAUGUGAACUUGACUGGAUCUCUGUGCCCCAGCUGAGGCGAUAACACUGCAUCACUACUGUGCAGACACAUUUUCUCUAAAUCCGGCUGCACCUUAUUAAACAAAGUUGAACCCAUGCAAACUGUAUUUUUAUAUUGUGUGGAGUUGAUGAAUAAGGUGAUAAUUAAUGCACCAUCUGUUGGAUCAAGUCAGUGUCAUUAAAGAUGAAUGAAACAACA